AUGGACCACUCCAUGCUAGAUCUGGACGAUCCUCAUCGAAGACGUCAACCUUUGAAGGAUGCAUCGGGAAGAAUCAACAAUGCGAGGUCUCCCAAGCCCGAGACGCCACGACUGCACGUCGAGGAUCUUGAUCAGCUCAAAACUCCUGACCAGAUGUCAAUCAUGACUAGCCCGACUCCUCGGGACAAAGAGAACCAUAGGCUUUCAGUAGUCACCGAUUUUCAAUCCGACUCAGCCCGCAACUCCGUUCUAUCGGCUGCAUCUAUUCUAUCGAACAAAGGAAAACGCAAAACUCACGUCGGUCCAUGGCAGCUUGGGAAGACCUUGGGUAAAGGAGCUACUGGUCGUGUGAGACUGGCUAAGCACGCCGUCACUGGACAGACCGCAGCUAUCAAGAUUGUUUCCAAGAAAUCGGCCGCCAUGGUUCAGAGCGAAAGUAUCGCGGCGAUGGAUCGGAACGUCAGUAAUUUUUCAGGUUUCAGCAAUGCUCGCCAAAUGCCCUGUGGAAUUGAGCGCGAGGUGGUCAUCAUGAAACUCAUUGAGCAUCAUAACGUGAUUAGUCUAUACGACGUGUGGGAGAAUCGAGGCGAGCUAUAUCUAGUUCUUGAAUACGUUGAAGGAGGGGAACUCUUUGACUACGUGUCCAAGAAUGGUCCACUCCCAGAGGAAGAAGCGGUUCGUUUGUUCCGUCAAAUCAUUGCAGGACUUGGGUACUGCCAUCGUUUCAACAUUUGCCACCGUGACUUGAAGCCUGAGAACAUUCUACUCGACUCUCAUCAUAAUGUGAAACUCGCAGAUUUUGGUAUGGCAGCCCUGCAGCCCGCAGGCCAUUGGCUGAACACCUCUUGCGGAAGCCCUCACUAUGCUGCACCAGAAAUUAUUUACGGCCGCAAAUACCGCGGCGAUCGGGCUGAUAUGUGGAGUUGUGGAAUCAUAUUAUAUGCUCUUUUGACGGGAUACCUGCCUUUCGACGGAGGCGACCUGCCCAACACGUUGCGACUGGUAAAGAAAGGCGAAUAUAUGAUUCCCUCCGAGUUGAGCGAUGAAUCCGCCGACCUCAUUCAACGCAUUCUCCAGAAACGGCCCGAGGAUCGAAUCUCCAUGGCCAACAUCUGGCAACACCCUCUAUUGACAAAAUACGAAAAGUUGCAUAACGCUAUGACAGAUCAAUACAUUGGUCCCCCACCCAAGCUUUCUGUCAAGGACUGCGGCAAGCCAAUUUCUUGUCGUCAGGAUAUUGACAUGGACAUCUUGCGAAACCUGCAAACAUUGUGGCACGAUGUUAAGCCAGAUGCCUUGAUCGACAGAAUCCUUUGCAUAGAACCAACCCACGAGCGAAUGUUUUACAACGCACUUGCCAAGUUUCGUGAUGAACAGUUGGAGAAUUAUCAAGGGCAACCAUUGGAGUAUUCCGCGAGUGACUAUCACCACAUAUCCCGCCCAGGAGGCAAGCCUCGUCGAGGUCGCAGCCAGAAUGGUCGGAACAGCGCAAAACGUCGAUCUCACGUUUCUGUCGUCAAAGACAUCCGCCACAGGAUAGCCUCGCCGCAGGAACCAAGAUCAUGUGCCAGUGUCGAGAGCUACGAUCCAUUCCGGUCUCCCAAGCACCAUGCGACGUUAAGGGAGGCUAAGUAUGCCCAGGUCACGAUUCACAGGACGCUCGAAGAGCAUGAUGAGAUGGUGGCAUCGCCCGUUGUCAAGCCACCCCCAUCAAUCGUGGAGGAAGAAGAACCCGAUGAGAAUGGUGAUGAUGAUGAAGGAAUUGAGAACUCACCUUUCACAGUUCUCCAGAAGCGAAAGCACAAGCCCAGCUCGAUGAAGUCCUUCCAAUCUUCCAAAGUUCCUCACUCCAGUUCAAGGUGUCCGGGCCUAUCCACCCAUUCGACCAGCUACCGUCGCAAUGUUUCUUUCCGUCACGCUCGCAACAAGUCACAGGGAUCCACGAAGCCAAAGAGAAGAAAGACAGGCCAGAACCAAUUACCGAAUCCACAGACUGAUCUCAAGAGGUCACCAAGCGCCGCAAGUCUCCAAAUGAUUGCUGAUGGCCUCGAUCUACCUCCGAUCCCAAGCAGCCCACCUCUUCCAGCCCAGCCAACUGUUGUCCGAGCAAGUGGGGUUAAGGUCCGAAGCUUGGGUCAGGCCAGAAAGGUUAGGGAGUCAGAUAUCAUCUGGAAGGAAGACACACGGAAGGUAUCCCAUGAACUUAGUCAGAUUUGUGAAGAGGCCUUCAAUGGAAGCUCUGUGACCACAAUCCGCACCACCAGCACCGAAGCUGGAUACGAGACACCAGCCACCCCAGGAUCAAUCGCCAGCCAGGAGCAUUUCGUUAAUGUUCCAAUCAAAGCGUCCGCUGACAUAUUGAGGGCGACUCCGAAGGAGUGCGGGCGCUCUUACAGCAUUCAAGAACUCACUGAAACUCGGCGCAAGUUUGUGGAGCAUAGCAAGGGUCGAAACGACAAUAUUACAGGGUACCUUUCUGGUGUCAUCGGCCAUCUCGACCGCUUGAUCGAAGAAGAUCAAACACAGCACGGUAGUCAUGUCAAUAGGCAAGACAGUCAUUCGUCAGAGGAUCACUACCUUGCCGCGGAGGAAACCUCACUCCCUGUUAUUACCGAAGAAUUUGCGAGUCCCAUUCGUGGCCCCGGUGAGAAUACCCCAAAAUUGAAGCACAAGCCUCGUUUGCCGCCACCUGGUCAGCGUGGAGGUGAUUCCCGAACCACUAUUCGGAUGGUCCCUCACAGCUCUCUGCGGUCCAUGGAAGAGGUGAAACCCUUGAUGAUUCGCAAGAAAACGCCAGGUAUGGUAUCCGAUUUCACAGCGAAGGAAACCAAUGAUUCCGCUCGAAAUUACUCCGCCAGCUCCCGUCAGACUCGCAGUGGCUCUGGCUUGGAGCGAAUUGACGAGGGCCCUCCAUCCCCGAACGCAAUACAGUCAUCCCUUCCUACCAAAGAACGCCAGCAAAUCCUUCCGAGCAAUGGAACAAUUGUUCACACUCCCGUCGAUCUGAUGGGACCACCUCCCAAGGCGGAGGAAGUGCAAGCUCCUACUCGAAAGACGUCCAUGGAACGCUUCGGUGGUACUCUGCUAAAGAAGCUGAUGCCUAAGAAGUCGAACAAGAACAUGGCCCAGUCUGAAACGGGUAAGAUAUCCGUCCGCGACUUCCUCGAGCAUACGCUAAGACAUACCAAAGACAAGGACAGACCUUCUUCAAAGGAUCAAAACCGCAACUCCUCCCUCAUGUGCAAGGGAUUUCCCGACCCCGAGAGCUCAUUUGAGGCCGACGAUCUCUCUAGCCCCCCUUCAAUGAAGCGUCGUUCUAUCGCUAAUCACAAUUGGUUCGCCCGGGUUUUCCAAAUCAAGCCAGCGUCCCGAGUCAUUGCUCUCAACACCUCCAAGGCUAAGAGUCGCAAGGAAGUUUAUAAACUGCUCCGUGAUUGGCGGGACUACGGAAUGGAAGACGUGUACAUGGACAAAAGCAACAGCACAGUUCACGGUCGAGUGAGCGAGGCUAACUUCCUUCGUCUCCGAGAGGUGGAAUUUACUGCUGAGUUCUAUACCGUCCUUGAACACGGUCGCCAAGCAAACCUCAGUCUGGUUCGUUUCAAGCAGGAACGUGGCGCUGCGUCUUCAUUCAACAAAGUGGUCGAGACAGUCCAGUCUAUGCUGAAAUCCCGGGGCAUGCUUGUGGAAGAUCCUGCCCGGGCGAAGAAAAUGUCCCGUGUGCUGGACACGGUUCCUAAUGCUUAA